UGUUCCUAUUGGACGACAACACCGUCUCUCAAAGAUCAAGUACUACUUCUACCUUCAGAAGUUACGGUCAUGGAAAAAUGGAACCUUACUCUCCAUGAUGAGAAUUUUAUGUACAAGCGAUUGCCACCUACCAAUGAUAACUGGACCCUUUAUGUACAGGUCCUUACUAAGAACAAUGCUUAUCGUGUCUCUAACUGGACAACCCCAGUGGUCCUCACUGUCCCUGGUGUAUCAUUCAGUGUAGCAGCUGCUAGUAGUACCAGUAGGGUACUCAUUAAUCCAUCUGCUACUAGCACUGGUAGUGCUAGUAUAAGUCCUUCUGUUAGUCCACCUGUUAUAUCUGAUCCUAACGCUGCUGAUGGACCUAAUAAUGAUUGGUUGAUUCCAGUGUCUGGUGUGGUUGCUAUUGUCCUGAUACUGGUACUAGCCAUUGGUAUAGCCUCAGUAUUGCUACUGGUAGCAUGUGUACAGACUAAGAGACUGGGGAAAAGAACCCAUUCGUCAAAAUCAGCACUGACGGCUUCUGCUGCCUGGUCCGAGCUUGAUUCAAAGGCCAUGGAGAAUGGGGCAUUAAUUGGAAUAGGUACGUUUGGUCCGGUACACAAGGUCAGUGUUCCUGUGGGAGGAAAAGGAAAGAAAGGGAAAGAGACUAAGGAGGUCGCUGUAAUCUCAUUAAAAUCUUCAGCUACUAAAAGAGACACUGAUGAUUUUUAUGAUUAUUUGGAAUUACUAAAGAUGAUGUCCAACUUCAAAGACUCCUCCUCCCUCCCUGUCCUCCAGCUGGUUGGGUUCAAUACAACAGAGACUCCUCACUACAUCAUGACUGAACUAUCAACUCAUGGAGACCUACUCACCUACCUUAUUGACAUCAGACAAAAUAUGGAAGGUGGCAGUAUUCAUGAUGAUAUUCCAGCUAGUACUACAACUGGUUGCUACCUUAUCGAGCUGAUAGACUCAACCCUUCUGAUGUACU